AUGGCAAGGCGUGAAGGAGUUCACGAGAGAGUGAGAGCGAGGGACAUUGUCGUUGUAGUCGCAUUCGGCGUCCAAAGGGGAGUUGCUGUUGUGGUUGACGAGUUUGUGGUCGGUGUUGUUGCACAUAGCGUGGAUGCAUUCGAUGUUGUUGUAGACGUUGUGGUUGUUGUGGAAGUUGUUGACGAUGUCGUAGUUGUUUCUGACGUAUUUGAUGAUGUUGUGGUUAUUGUGGUCGUAUUUGACGAUGUCGUGGUUAUUGUGGUCGUGAUUGUCAAUGUUGUUGUGGUUAUAGAAGUGUUUGGCGGUAUGCAGGUUUUCGUUACCGAGCAAUCAACAACAGCCGAGCAAAUUGCAUUUUGCAAAGACAUUUCUUAA